AACGGAGGGAGCUCCGACCGGCGGAAAACAAAUCCACUUUGUCCACGAAUGAUGGAAGGAGCUUCCCGGUGGAAUUCAUAUCUGCCUGACAAAAUGUAUAAAAGGCAUUGAAACUGGACUUCUUCAGAGGCCAUCCACAUGUAACAUCGGGCUGCAUCACCAUGUAUCUGCUAUUAUCCGUUGCGUCGGUCCCCCUACUGGCCAGCCUGGUGCAUGGCUAUGCUGAACCCGGAGCUUGCUCGGGUGUUUGCACCGUGCACGAUCCCGGUUUGAUUCGAAGGGAGUCUGACGGUACCUGGUUUCGCUUUUCCACGGGAGACAAGAUCUCCUACGUCUCUGCAUCCUCCAUUGAGGGUCCAUGGACCAGUGUCGGGUCUAUGCUGCCGGACGGUUCGUCGAUCGAUCUCGAUGGCAAUGAUGAUCUCUGGGCCCCCGAUGUCUCCUAUAUCGAUGGCCUCUACUACGUGUACUAUGCGGUUUCCACCUUCGGGUCUCAAGACUCGGCCAUUGGACUUGCGACGUCGGAAACCAUGGAAUAUGACACAUGGACCGAUCAUGGCUCGACCGGCAUUGUGUCUUCUUCCUCGAAGAUAUACAACGCCAUUGACCCUAACCUGAUCUAUGCGGAUGGCACGUACUAUAUCAACUUUGGGUCGUUCUGGGACGACCUCUACCAAGUCCCUAUGGACUCCACUCCGACCAAGGCUGCCUCGUCCUCCUACAAUCUUGCCUAUGACCCUUCCGGGACCCAUGCGGAGGAGGCUUCAUACAUGUACCAGUAUGGGGAUUACUACUAUUUGUUUUACUCGGCAGGUAUCUGCUGUGGAUAUACUACAUCCAUGCCCGCUGCCGGCGAAGAGUACCAUAUCAAAGUCUGUCGCUCGACAUCACCCACGGGCGAUUUUGUUGACGCCGAUGGUACGGCUUGCACUGAUGGCGGGGGCACGAUGGUUCUCGAAAGCCACGGGACAGUCUAUGGACCUGGUGGACAGGGUGUCUAUGAUGAUGCCGACCUUGGUCCCAUUCUCUACUACCACUACAUGAACACCACGAUCGGGUAUGCCGAUGACGAGGCGCAGUUUGGAUGGAACACAAUCGACUUUUCCAGUGGAUGGCCUGUGGUCUAAGAGAUUGGCGGAGUGGCUGUUACGGGUAGUACACAUGU